UGCCUUCUUGUCUCUUCCCUUGUGCUCUUAAAGUAAGAGAAGCUGUGAGGUAGUGAAAAAGACCUUGGCGGAUCGAAAGUAUCAGCCUUGCAAAGUCGACAAAAGCAAAAAGACAAGUCGUUCUACACCUGAAAAGCGCAAAUCCGGUGAAAUGGAAGGAGCGAAGUCAAAGAAACGGUCCGCAGAGGUAGCGUUGUCCAAGUCCAAGCCGAAGAAAGCCAAGGCUGUAAAAGAUGGGAAAAGAAAGAAGGCUAAAGGGGACGGGCCCCAAGUGAAGAGAGCCUCCUCUGCCUACAUUCACUUUACCACAGAUUUUCGAAAGAAGCUCAAAGAGAAAUGCGAGAAGAAGGGCGAUUCUCUUCCAAAGGCGAACGAAGUCGCGAAGAUGGCGGGCGAAGCGUGGAAGAAUCUCACGGACGAGGAGAAAAAACCGUACAAUAUUUUGGCCCAGGAAGACAAAGAGCGCUACCUUAAGGAGAGUGGGAAAUUUGCUAAGAAAGAAUCAGAUAAACCCAAGCGCGCUCCUACAGCUUAUUUCAUAUUCCUUGCUGAAUUCCGAGAGCAAAUGAAAGGGAAAAAGAUUGAUGAUAAUCAGAAAAUUCCUGCCUUGGCUGGAGAGAAGUGGCGAACCAUGACUGAUAAGGACAAAGAGAAAUACAAACAGCAGGAGGCAGUAGCUAAAAAGAAACAUGAAACUGCAAUGGAAGAGUGGAGGAAGAAGAAUGCUGGAAAGGAGGUAGUAGCUGCACCAAAAGCAAAACCAGAGAAGAAGAAGCCUCCACCCAAGAAGGAGGUUCCUAAACCAUCAGAGUCGGAAGACGAGGAUGAUGACGAUGAAGAUGAUGAAGAGGAGGAAGAGGAAGAGGAGCCUGAAGAUGACGAUGAUGGAGAUGACGAUGAAGAUGACGAUGAAGAUGACGACGAUGAGGACGAUGAAUAAACUAACAAGUCUUUUCACUUCCUCUGAUGGCAAGAGAUCCAUUGUAGGUUUUUAUGCUACCACUUUUCAUCAUUGAUAUUUGCCCUUUGUAAUAUGUAGAUUUUGAUUUCAAACUCUAAGAGAAUGUGUGAAUCAUUUGUACCCUAUGAAUGUAGAAGUAAAAGACAUUUUGUUACACUAGUAGGUUUACUUAUUCCUUCCCUGCUUUCAGCUCUCAUUUUGACAAUUGCUCAAGAUACAAUUAACCCUUAAAUUCCCAAAAUCUGAUUGUUACAUGUUAUUCUCCUCAUUAGCUAUUAAACAUUUCCUUGUAAAUUAGUUACCAGACUUUGGUGUUAGAUCAAGGCAAACAACUUCUACCUUUAAGCUCAAGUGUUCUUGUGCCUUUUUGCUGGAUAGUGUAUGGAAACUGUAGGGGAAAAGUCACAUGUUAAUCACUUCUGGGAGUUGAAGAGUAAAAUGCAAGUACUAAAAGCUAGUUGUUUUUAAAAGAGCUUUUGAUGCAGGGAUGGCGUGCCAUAAUACUUCUUGUUUUGGUUGUUGUUUAACUUAAGUAAAACUCUUAGUUUGGAUAUCACUUGGUAUUAAGCAGAAAACAUUCCUUUUUGUGUUGCUUUGCAGUAUGUUUGUAACUGUUAGUUUGGUCUUAAAGGCCUUGCCACUAAAAAAGUGAAAUUGCAUUUUACUAUUAUCCAAAAGUGUGUCACUGUUUAUAGCAUUCCUUUGAGUAGUUAUUUAUUAUUCUGACUGAAUUAGCUAUACCUGAAAACUGAUAGUAAAUAUAUACCUGAGUUUACAAUCAUUUCACCAACAAUAAUUGACACAUAUGCCUGUUUUCUCUGCCACUGAUGUUUUUUUUGUUUUGAAUUCCAGCACCUUGUUUUUUUUGUUAACUCUCACAGCCCCCUGUCUCGAUGUGCAACAUUUCAGGUGUUUACAGCAUUGUUUGCAUGGUUCUCUAUUUGAUCUAAAAAGAUGUGUAGGCAUCUUUGCCUUUAAGCUAAGAUCAAGUGUAGUAUCUCGGUUAAUUAAGAAAUGGGGAUUUUGAAAUUUUUUGGAUGAAGUUAACAAUUUGUUUAUCCCACAAAGAGAAUCCCACUUUUUCAAGAGCUAUUUCUUUUGGCACCAUUAGUAAACUAAGAUAUUUUAAUUUUAGUUUGUACAUGCAUGUGUAUGAUACGUUUUAAAUAAAGAUGUUCUUUUUCAUUA